AUGGGAAGGGUGAAUGCAUUUUGGCCUACACAAACAAACACUCUUCAGUUUGUACCUCGUCCCCGCCUUUGUUUCCUGCUCGAUCUAACUUGUGCUUUGUGCUUUGAUUCUUUAGGAGAGAAAAAUGGCAGUGUCAAAGUGGCCAUGGGGUUUCAGCUUUUGGGCAUUUCUGAUCCUUAUCCUGCAGAAUUUGCAACUGCUCAUGAUGCUCUUUCCUGCUCCUCGGUGGUGUUUGUAGAAGGAAAUUCCAUCGAGACGUGGUCGGCCGCAGUCAUGUUCCCCGAGAUUGUUUUGAAAUGGCGUUAG